AUGAAGCCGGCGUGAGUGAGAACUAAGACACCCAGGAAACUGAUGGUGAAAAAAGGCUCCCAGACAAGCCUGAAAGACCCAGGUGGGGUGUACUGCCGGGUGCGCCCACUGGCCUUUCCUGACCAGGAGUGCUGCAUAGAGGUGAUCAACAACACGACCAUCCAGCUGCACACUCCGGAGGGCUACAGGCUCAACCUGAAUGGGGACUAUAAGGAGACGUGGUAUACUUUCAAACAGGUAUUCGGAACGUACACCACCCAGAAGGAGCUGUUUGAUGUUGUGGCGAAUCCCUUAGUAGACAACCUUAUUCAUGGCAAAAAUGGUCUCCUUUUCACAUAUGGCGUCACCAGCAGUGGAAAGACACACACCAUGACCGGCUCCCCAGGGGAGGGAGGACUGCUUCCUCGCUGCUUGGGCAUGAUCUUCAAAAGCAUAGGCCGGUUUCAAGCUAAGUGAUAUGUUUUUAAAUCUAAUGAUAGGAACAGCAUGGACAUACAAUCUGAAAUUGAUGCUUUAUUAGAACGACAGAAAAGAGACACCAUGCCCAACCCAAAGACCCCCUCCAGCAAACGACAAGUAGAUCCAGAGUUUGCAGAUAUGAUAAAUGUACAGGAAUUUUGCAAAGCAGAAGUUGAUGAAGACAGUGUUUAUGGUGUAUUUGUCUCCUAUAUCGAAAUAUAUUACAAUUAUAUCUAUGAUCUUUUGGAAGAGACGCUGUUUGAUCCCAUAAAGCCAAAAAUUCCUCAAUCUAAAGUGCUUCGUGAAGAUAUGAACCGUAACAUGUAUGUUGCAGGAUGUACAGAAGUAGAAGUAAAAUCAACAGAGGAGGCCUUUGAAGUUUUCUGGAGAGGCCAGAAGAAGAGGUGCAUUGCGAACACGCACUUGAAUCGUGAGUCCAGCCGUUCACAUAGUGUAUUCAACAUUAAAUUGGUUCAGGCGCCCUUGAAUGCAGAUGGAGACAACGUCCUACAGGAGAAAGAACAAAUCUCUAUAAGCCAGAUGUCCUUGGUAGAUCUCGCUGGAAGCGAAAGAACUAACCAGACAGAAGCAGAAGGAAAUAGGUUACGUGAAGCAGGAAACAUUAAUCAGUCACUGAUGACGCUGAGGACCUGCAUGGAGGUCCUGAGAGAGAAUCAAAUGUGUAGAACCAACAAGAUGGUUCCGUACCGAGACUCAAAGUUGACCCAUCUGUUCAAGAACUACUUUGAUGGGGAAGGACAAGUGCGCAUGAUCGUGUGUGUGAACCCGAAAACUGAAGAUUAUGAAGAGAGCCUGCAAGUCAUGAGAUUUGCAGAGGUGACUCAAGAAGCCGAAGUGACAAGACCAGCAGACAAGGCUAUCUGUGGUCUGACACCUGGAAGACGGUACAGAAACCAGGUUUGGGCUGGUCCAGUCGGAGACGGGAUCACUGCUGACAGUGCUCAGGGGACCGUGUGUGGUGCCAGGGAUGGAACCAGGGCCAGCUGCAUGCAAGAACUGCUGGUUACAGAUGUGGUUCUACAGAGCUUUCCACCAUUACCUUCCUGUGAGAUUCUGGACGUCAAUGAUGAGCAGACUCUUCCCAAACUGAUUGAAGCAUUAGAGAAACGACACCACCUACGGCAGAUAAUGGUCGAUGAGUUUAACAAACAAGCAACACAUUUUAAAACUUUGUUGCAAGAAUUUGACAGUACUGUUUUAAAUAAAGAAAACUACAUUCAAGGAAAACUAAAUGAAAAAGAAAAGGUGAUCUCAGAACAGAAAUUGGAAAUAGAACAACUGGAGAAGAAAAACAGAACUUUAGAAUAUAAGAUUGAAAUCCUAGAGAAAACAACUACUAUAUAUGAAGAAGAUAAACGCAAUCUGCAACAGGAACUUGAAACACAGAAUCAAAAACUUCAGCGGCAAUUUUCCGCUAAGAAGAGAUUGGAGGCCAGGUUGCAGGGCAUGGUGACAGAAAGGACGAUGAAAUGGGAGAAGGAAUGCGAACGUUGGGUGGCAGCCAAACAGUUGGAGAUGCAAAACAAACUCUGGGUCAAAGACGAAAAGCUGAAACAAUUGAAGGCAAUAGUCACUGAGCCUAAAGCCGAGAAGCCAGAGACACCCUCUCGGGAGCGGGACCGAGAAAGAGUCACUCAGAGAUCUGUUUCUCCGUCUCCAGUCCCUCUUUCUAGUAACUAUAUUGCUCAGAUUCCGAACGGCCAGCAACUCAUGAGCCAGCCACAGCCACAUAGGCUCUCUAACUCUUGCAGCAGCAUUUCUGUAGCUUCCUGUAUUUCCGAAUGGGAGCAGAAAAUUCCCUCCUACAACACGCCUGUCAGUGUCACAUCCAUUGCGAGGCGUAGGCAGCAGGAGCCAGGACAAAGUAAAACUUGUAUGGUGUCAGACAGAAGGCGAGGGAUGUACUGGACUGAAGGCAGGGAGGUGUUCGUUCCCACGUUCAGGAAUGAGCUAGAAGUAGAAGAGGAUCGUCUCCGAAGGACUGCACCACCAAUCCGUCACCGACACAGGCGAUCACGCUCUGCGGGAGACAGAUGGGUAGAUCAUAAGCCUGCCUCUACCGUGCAAACUGAGACAGUCAUGCAGCCACAUGUCCCUCACGCCAUCACAGUCUCUGUUGCAAACGAAAAGGCACUAGCUAAGUGUGAGAAGUACAUGCUGACCCACCAGGAACUAGCCUCCGAUGGGGAGAUUGAGACUAAACUGAUAAAGGGUGAUGUUUAUAAAGCAAGGGGCGGUGGACAGUCUGUUCAGUUUACGGAUAUUGAGACAUUAAAACAAGAAUCACCAACUGGUCGGAAACGAAGAUCUUCCGCAGUAGUGCCUGCCCCGCCAGACGGGACCGAGUCUGAGUGGACCGAUGUGGAAACAAGGUGCUCUGUGGCUGUGGAGAUGAGAGCAGGCUCUCAGCUGGGACCUGGGUAUCAGCACCAUGCACAACCCAAGCGCAAGAAGCCAUGAACUGACCAUCUCAGUUGUGAGACGUUUCCAUCUGCGCUGGUGCUGUCUGUCUGCGGAACCAUGCUGGACUAGCUUUGCUGCCUCUCACGUACCUCAGCACACCGCACACUGGCCUAGAUCAAAGAUCCCCUGCUGUUCCGAGACAGCUAUGA